UUUCUCUAAAGAAGACAAAUGCACCUGUAUUGAGGAAAAUUCAAGAACCCCAUUUCAUAUUAAGUGAAAAAGAGAUGAUCUUUGGAUAAAUAUUGGAAAAAUCAUUGAAUUUUUCAACAAAAAUCUCAUCUUUUUUUAUAGGUAUUGAGGCUAAAGAAGAAGGAGAAGAAGAAAAUAUCAACUCUUUAGUCUUUUGAUAAAAUCUGGUUGGGAGUAUCUAACCCAUAGAUCUUGAGAUAUGGAUAAAUUACAGUGGGGAAACAGAAAAAGACUUAGGUGUUUUAAGGUGAAAGACUCAACUUCAAAUGGGAAAUCUGAUGGAGGAAGAAGUCUUGUGGUGAAGAAGAAAGUCACAUCUAGACUUGUUGAUAAUAACAAGGAAUCUGGUCCUCUUCCUCCUCCUAUGUCUUCUCCUCAUAGGCUUAACAGGGAUUUGGGUGUGAAUAGAUCUAACGCAAAUGAGCAUCGUAAGACAUCAGUGUCAUCUCCCGAGGAGGAGGACCGGUAUUAUACGACGAGAGGGUCAGUAGGCAUGGACGAUAGUAGCAAGUUGUUCAUGGAAUCAAAGGAGGAAAAGAAAAAGUUGGUUUGGCCAAAAUUGCUCAUCACAUUGUCAAGUAAAGAAAAAGAAGAAGAUUUUAUGGCCAUGAAAGGUUGCAAGCUUCCUCAAAGGCCUAAGAAAAGGGCUAAGUUGAUACAAAGAACCAUUCUUUUGGUGCAACCAGGUACAUGGUUGCAAGAUUUGUGCCAAGAAAGGUAUGAAGUGAGAGAGAAGAAGACCUCUACGAAGAAACCAAGAGGAUUGAAAGCUAUGGGAAGCAUGGAAAGUGAUUCAGAAUGAAAUUUGGUGAAGAUAAGAGGAGGAAAGAAAAUUGUGUAUUUUGGCAUAUUAUUAUUCUUAAUUUUAGCUCAUCUUUGGAAAAUGAAUGCUUCUUUUUUGGGGGGUCCUUAUUACAUACAAAUGUUCAAUGAUGUUUUUCUUCUUUAUUUAGCUUUUCCUUCUUGCCAUCCUUCCUUUUUCUUUAUCUUUUCCUAUUUCUCAUCUUUUAGGUUUUAAAAUCUCUCUAUGUACACUUCAAUUUUAUUAAAGAUUUUGGUAUAUA